GACUAAGCUGUGUUUGAGAGAGAGCCGUGUCAUCACGACGGUGAACACGGCGGCGGAGAUAAUGAGCAACGCGGAGGCUGAGUACGCUAGGGCCAAAACAUCAGUUUGGUGGGACAUUGAGAACUGUCCGGUUCCCAAUGGUUUUGAUGCUCAUGGGAUAGCUCAGAAAUUCAGCUCCGCUCUGAAUACUAUGAAUUACUGUGGCCCUCUCUCCAUCUCUUCCUAUGGAAACACCAGUCUCAUCCCUAAUUCAGUCCAGCUAGCUAUCUCUUCCUCUGGAAUCUCUCUCAAUCACGUCCCUUCCGGAAAGAAAGACGCGAGCGACAAGAAGAUUCUGGUGGAUAUGUUUAUGUGGGUGAUGGAAAAUCCUGCUCCGGCUAAUAUAAUGCUCAUCUCCGGUGAUGGAGACUUCUCCGAUGCUCUUCACCGGCUGCGAAUGAAGAGAUACAACAUUCUUCUCGUUCACCCUCAACAAGUUUCAGCCUCGCUGGUCGCUUCUGCAAAGACCACAUGGCUUUGGAAGAGCUUUUUGGUGAGUGGGGCUCCUCUCACACAGCUCUGGAGAAGCUUAUUGGCAAGUGGGGCUUCUCUCACACAGUGUGAAUACUCACGGCUCUUUGACGACUCUCAAAUACCCAGCCAAGAUGCCCCGAAUCAGCUCUUGCAACAGGAGACAAGAAGAAAGAAGCUUCAGAAGAACUGCAGGGAAACUUGUGAAUCUACCUGGUUCUGCAAAAUAUGCAAUGUUGCUUGCAAAAGCUUUGAAAUUUUCACUUUGCAUCUCUCGGGUAAGGAACACGCAGCUCAGUGGAAGCUGAAGCAGAACUUGGAACUGUUGGGUGAGCCUCAAAAUAUGGCUGCAGCACCAAGUAAGUGUCAUGAGAAGGACGUGCAGAUGACGAAUAAGGUGGUUGAAGCCAGAGUUGAGGCAAGUGCACAUUGCAGUUCAUGCAGUGUCGUGUGUCCUACCCAAGCUUCCCUUGAUUCUCAUCCCAAGAGUGCUGCUAUGUUGAAGAAGCAAGCAGAGGCUCUCGUUGAUGUUAAAAACAUUGAAGAAGUUGUUCAAGACAAUGACCUUCAGUCUCGGGAUGCCCAAGAGUCUAUGAAGUACUUGGAAAAACAAAACAGGGAACUGAUGGAGAGUUGUACAGCAUCUGAAAGGAGUGGUAAAGAGUUCUGGCAAGAUUUUAAAGAAAGGCUGGAGAGUGAGGAGCGAGCUCCUCUAAAUGUAGCUUGUGUCUUCAGUGAACUAAGCCGUGACUUUCGGGUGCCCAAAGAAUUGAGAGUCUGGUUUGAAGGGAUCCUCAACAAACUAGAACCUUUACAAAAUGGGAAGUUGGAAGGCAUGCUAAAAGUUGGCUUGAACAUGAAGCCAGGUGAGCUAGAAAAUUCACUUGCAAGACCAACUGAGCAUCUCGAGGACAUGAACACGAAGAAGAAGAGAAAGAAGAGUAAAAAGCAGAAGACUGAAGAUGGAGCUGAACCAUAUGUUUGCAGCCUUUGCAGUGUUAUUUGUGAUUGGCCUGCCGACUUGGAGUCUCAUCUUAAGGGCCGGAAGCACACUAAUAUGGUUAAGAGGCACGCAGAGGGUCUGCUUGAUGAUAUGAAAAUUCAAGAGGAAAUGAUUCAAGAUAAUGGUCACCCGACAGAAAUGAUUGAGGAGCUCCGAAUUCAGCCUGGAGAGGCACUUGAGAACGUUAACUGCUUAGAGAAUAAAAACAAGGAGCUCAGAGAGAGAUGUGCCACCUCUGAAAGAAAUGUCGAAGAAAAUUGUCAAACUUUUGAAGAAGUACUUGAGAAUGAGAACAAACCUCUUCCAAAUGCAAAGUCUAUCUUCGCCAAACUAAACCCUGAGUUUUCGGCCCCUGAAGAAGCUAGAGAAUGGGUUGGUGGCAUUAUCAAGAAACUAGAACUUCCACGAGAUGCAAAUUUAACCCGGGAGUUAAGUAUACCAAAUCAGAACCACCUAGAAAUGAACUCAGGCGAUCCUGAAAGUAACCCCGAAGGAGCGACUGAGCAUCUCAAGGAGUACAUGGUCAAGAAGGGGAAGGACAAUGUCAAUAAAGAUGGAGCUGAACCUGAAGUAUAUGUGUGUAGUAUUUGCAACGUUAUCUGCGUACAUCCAAUCGUCUUCGAGUCUCAUCUGAUGGGCAAAAAGCACGCUAAGAGCGUAAAGAGACAUGCAGAGGUUCUCUUUGAUGAUAAGAAAAUUUUAGAAGAAAACCUUAAAGAGAAAGAUCAUCCAAGAGACGUGUUGGAAGAGCUACGGUAUCAGCCUAAGGAGGCACAAGAGAAUACCAAAGAAGUUUGUCAAAGCACUAAAGGAGGAGUAGAUAUUGAGAGUAAAGUGGUUCCAAUUGGUGCGUUUCCAGAACCCAAAGAAGCGAGGUGACUGUGGAAAUUGGAAGGCAACGGUCAUUGACCAAAGCUACUUGCUCUUCGGCGAUAUUUUAUGGGCCUGUGAUGAGUCUAGUUCAGUUGGGCCUAUUUUAAUGGCCCAUUUUUUCUAUCCCAAUACUGUAUUUUCCUUUUUAUUUUCUGAAAAAAAAAAUCUUUCUAAUUGUAUCAUGUAUGUGCAAAGUCUUGUAUAAAUGAAUGGGUCAAAGAAAACAACCAGUCAUGUGUAUUAUUAUUAAUCAAAAGGCUUGUAAAUUUG